AUGUACGAUUUUGGCAUCUUGAUUUGCCUUUUAAGUAGUGGAGCUCCAUAUCAUAUUUGGUUCAGCUACAGAAGACUGAAUACUCCUUCUCCUUCCUAUUGCUAUGGUAGAAGCUGCAAGGGAUUCUUAUUUAUAAUGGAUUCUCACACAAUUAAAGAAGUUGGGUCAAAUGAUGAUAAGAUUGUCACUCCACAUAACAUCUUCCCCUGUGGAAUCGGUGGUCUCGAAAGAAUUGCAGGAACCACAACUAAGAUGUAUAUCAUAAACUCGAUCAUGCCUUGCUCAGCUCUCUCGCUAUGAUCAAUCAUGAAACUCAAGCUGCGAUCUAUCUUAAGGGAUAAGAUCUGUGAUGAAGUAAUGUAAGUUUGCCUUCAUAGGACUACCAAAUGAAGUGGUGAGUAUGUAGUGGGAUGUGAUUGUGGUAAAUAGAGCUCAUGGGGAUGGACCGACAUCACCAAGAAGAAUGGGUUUGAUUUUUAUGGCAUGUGCUUUAGCGAAUGGGACUGAUGCGGUUGGUCAUGCUGUGAUCGAAUGAUUGAGAAGUGGUUUUCUUGGGAGUUUUUUUGCUAUUUGGAAUUUGAUUUCUUUAAAAGAAAGAUUUUAGAACUUUAGGAUACUUCGCAGAUUAGGAACAAUUUUGGGAAAACUUGUGAAGCAUAAACAAGUUGUAUAUUUAUGGUAUUUUCGAACUUCAGUCAUUCAUUG